CAAUCCUUCUUGGCACCAUCUUACAUUACUCCUUUGAAAACGCACGUGGCUUUGACCCUUCCGACCGAAGAAGCUUCGAAUCGAAAAGGUGGCCCUCUGCCUACAAGCCCUAAUCUUUCUUCCUGUCUCGCGCUUUUCAACCGGGCAAGUAGUGCAGUGAUCGAAGAAUUGCAGCGACGAUUGUAAUUUGGAAGUUUCUUACCCAAUCCACUUAUUCAGUCCUACCACCGGAGUUAAUUCUACUUCUCCAACUAUCGAUUUGAAGUAUUGAACCCCUAUUUUGGUGUGAAAUUCUGCUCAGUUUCAUUUAUUCUGUUUAACUAGUCUACUGUUCCAGUAGUGCACUUCUUCGAGAUAGAUCUUCGUCCGUUUUGAUCUUUGAUCACCUUAGUUAUGUGGUUUGAUGAUGGGCACUGGAAAUAUGUUACGACAAUCCUUUUCCUUUAGCUUAUCGGUAUGUGUUUUUGCUCUGCCCCCUCGUCAGAAUUUAGUGUUUGGGUGAAUAUCAGUUGUCAUGGCUGAGUGCUGUCGCUGGAAUUAAUUUGCUAAAAACAUACAUUAGGGCUUUGAGUUUGGGAAUGAGUUAAUGAGCAGUUAACUAGAAGCUAUAUGGGGGUCAAUGAUUUCCCUCUUAUCUGAUGAUGUUUUAAUUCUGAUCGUAGGACAAUUUCUGGCCUCAGGAUGACAGCAGUGAAGUGUUUUACUCCCGUGGAUACGUUAGAACAGAAAUUGCAGUUUGAAAGAAGGCUUGGAAGUGUGAAAGCAUGCGAGUAUUUUAAUCUUCUCACAAGAUUCCUUUCAUCCAAGAUUAGUAAGUAUAAAUUUAAUAAGCUCUGCGUAGCAAUUAUUGGGAGAGAAAAUAUCCGUCUCCAUAAUCAACUGAUCAGGUCAAUCAUUAAAAACGCAUGCCUUUCCCAGUUACCCCCAACAAGAAAUGGCAAAGUAGAAGGCUCACUGAGUGUUAAAAUUCCAAAUGGGAAUCAAAAGAGCGAUCUUCAGUCACUAUGCAGGGAGUUGCUACAAUCUCCUCGAAAAAAGAGGGCACCAAUUUCUCGUGACUGCAGAUUCAAGGAUCAUUCAAGCCCUCAUGGUCCUCUGGAGAAGAACCAUAGUAUUGUGUGUGAAGAUUUUGCCCUUAAAAUUCAUGAGCAGCAAAGUACUUCCGAUCUAUAUUCUUUAGGUAGCUUGCCUCCUCUCUCUGCAGAUGAUGAGGAGGAGGUUAAUCAAUAUUCUGGAAGCCCAAGCAAUUAUAGUAGGAUUCCUAUUACAGCUCCUCUUGGAAUUCCCACAAACGAAAGAAGGGCGCGAAAAGCUUUCUUUAAUGUAUCAGCAUGUUCUUCUGUCUCGAGCACCUGUCAAAACAGCGGUCAGCUUCCUGAUACCAGUUCCCUGAUGAAAAGGUUGGAGCAUAAGUUGGAAAUGGAGGGAGUUAAAAUCUCGGAGGAUUCUGCCAACUUAUUGAAUAAUGCUAUUGAUGUUUACCUCAAAAGGUUGAUAAAACCCUGUUUGGACUCAGUCGUUUCAAAAUCAGUUGAUGAAAUUAGCGCUCAAAUCCAACCUGGUUUGAAUGGGUGGUCAAAUAGUAGAUAUGUGCAAAAGCCAAGUGAGACUGUUUCUGCAUCUAUUUCUGAUUUUCGGACGGCAUUAGAGUUGAAUCCUGUUAUACUUGGAGAAGAUUGGCCGCUACAUUUUGAGAAGGUUUGCUUGCGAGAAUCAGAAGAGUGAGCAGAAAACAGAUUGCCUGGCGGGCGGAAAUAUAUUCUGUACAGAUUUCACUGCUGAUAUAUUUUUUUUUUUGCUUCUGAUAGCAUUCCACUGCUGACUAUUUUAGUUUAACACGUGUAAGAAUCCACUUUACUUAACAGAUAGAUUCUCUUUUAUUAAUAUCUUUCAUGAUUUGUUCA